UUUGCCUUUUUGUCCUUCCCGGCUUCCCGUCGUGGCGGUUUCUUGCCUGUGGGAGCGUCACAAACAAAACGUCUUUAAAACUUCUUAGUGGUUUAUUUUCUUGCAGGAUAAUUUUGAUGCGUCGGGUGCAAUCGUUUUAAUAAGUAAUUAGUUUCCUGUAGCGUAAGGCCACUUUCAGAUUGUUUAGGCUCUGUUUGACCGACUUUACAUCCUGGUGGUGCCAUGGAGGAGGGGACCCGCCUGGUGUCAACAGGAGACUGUGUGAAGAUCUGGGAUGCGGUUUCCAUGGCGCCGCUGGAGCAAUUUAACCCACACAGCGUCAGCCACCCUGUGGCCCAGGCGUGCUGGAGCUCAAACAACCAGUACUUGGCCAGUGCCAGUAGUAGUGGUGACAAACUGGUGGUUUCCAGUCUCAAGCUGGCUCCUACUUCAGUGGUGGAACUGGCUGAAGGGAAAAAACAGACUCGUGUUUGUCUGAGCUCCUCGUCCCAGUUUCUGGUCAGCGGGGGUCUGGACCACUGCGUUCACAUCUGGGACCUGAAGACCAGGCGACUUCACCGCUCCCUCAAGGAUCAUAAAGAAGAGGUGACCUGUGUGUCCUUCAACACCAAUGACAGCUGCAUCGCCUCUGGCUCCACCAGCGGAGAUCUGGUCCUGCACAGUCUCACCACCACCGUGUCCAGUAAAGCCUUCGGCCAUGGCAGCAACCAGCCCAUACAUGACCUGAGGCUGUCCAUGCUGAAGCGCUCGCUGUUGGGCAGUGUUUCGGAUAGUGGCACUGUGGUGCUGUGGGAUUCCAACACUCAGAAAGAGCUCCACGUUUUUGACUGUGCUCACAAAGCCCCGGGCUCUGGCCUGGCUUUUUCUCCUGCUAGUGAGCUGCUGGUGGUCAGCGUUGGCUUGGACAAGAAGAUCAUCUGCUAUGACACAGCCAGCAAGAUCGUCCUAAGAUCGAUCCGAGUAGACAGCCCUCUGACCUCUGUGGACUUCACACUGGAUGGAACCAGUCUGGUGGUCGGAUCCACUCAGGGGAAAAUCUACCAGUAUGACCUGAGGAACUCUAGCGCCCCCAGUAGGAUCACUGUGGCACAUAAAACCUCAGUCACGUGCCUGCGUUUCCAAAGCAACAUCAGCAGACACAAGUCCAGUAAAUUGGGCUCCAGCAAGGUUGCCAAUACCAAAAGGUCCUCAAAUAAAUUGUCCAGCAACCAGCAAGACCCUGCCCCCAGCACAGGGCCCAUCCCACACAGACAGGUGACAGGCACAGCAGGGGCUGGGAUGGAGGGCUUGUCCCGUGAAGCUGAGGGUCAGCAGGGGACAGAGCAACAUCCUGUUGCAGAGAAGUUCACAAGUGUUGGACGAAACAGUCUGGACAUCUUCUCUCCUGCUCGCGAAGACCUUAGGACAACGGGGGCGGCUGGAGACGCCCUGUUUGGAAAGACGCACGUUGCCAGUGGGGAGAUGUUGUCUGGGGAGGGGGAGGGCCAUCAGGUCGUAGGUCGGGCCAGUCUGGACAUCUUCUCACCUGUCAGAGAAGACUCUCAUUCAGGUGCCAGUUCUUAUCGUAAGACCCCCCUGGGAACCCCGUUGGUGUCCUCCGCGGGUCGAUGCUACAGCCCGCUGUCAGUCUUCCAGACCCCCCCACCGAUCAAAGAGGAGGAGCCGCACCUCGCUGCAGCUGCUGAACUGUGCGACUAUAGAAAGUUGGAUAAAAGCAGCAGUUCUGGUGUGGAGGGCGAUGGCCACACCACCCCCACGUCGUCCCAGCAGACCAGCCACAGCCAGGGCGCGCCUCCAUUCUUCACACCGGAGCCCAGCCUCAGGAGAGCCAAUGGAAUACAGGCCCAACUGACCUAUGACUCCUGUGUCCUGGGAGCCGCAUCGUCAGCCACACCUGCAGGCGGAGCGCUGUCAGCGGCCGUGUCCUCCUCGCUCUCCCACAACAUUGCAGAGGUGGUCGGACAGGGAAGAGCUGCUCCCCUCACCUCCCUGCAGAUCCACUUCAUCCAGAACAUGAUCCAUGAAACUCUGGAGGACUUCAGAGAUGCCUGUCACCGAGACAUCGUCAACCUGCAGGUCGAAAUGGUUCGACAGUUCUACAUCCAGCUGAAUGAGAUCCACGGUCUGAUAGAGAAAUACUCUGUGAACGAGUCUCUGGUGGAGGAGAUCGAGAAACUGAAGGAGGAGAACCGCAGGCUGAGGACCAACUACUGAUCCAGACGGACCGAGUGCCUGGGUCAUGACCAGUCUGUGCUGUGGACCGUCCUCGUGCUUAUAGGCGAUAGCUACAGGAUUGUGCCUCAAUGCCCCUGUUUCUGAUGUAUCAUCUGUGAUGAUGCAGCAGUAGUUUCUCUACAUGGACAAUGGUUCAUGUGAUGACAAAGCUGAAGCUGCCAGAAAUACGAAAUGUCUUUUGUAAACUGUGUAAAUUUCAUUUUACACUGAUGGUUAAACAUUUACAACCUCACGUGCCUUUAUGUUUUUUGUUUUAAAAAAAUAUUUUCUCUGAAGACUUCAAAUAAAUAUUAAUAAUGAGACUUUGCAUCCCUGCACUAAUAUUAACAUUGUUGUAAUAAUGCAUAGGAAAACCCCCGUGUUUGUACUCACUCUAUAGAACGAAUAAAAAUCAACCGGUUGUGUUUA